AUGAGCGAAGCGGGAAAACUAGAAUCAACUGUAGACCUUUUUGAGAGCUGCCUAAGCUUUGCAGAAGAAGCAACUCAAUCAAUUGAUGCAGCAACAAAGGAAAAGCCGGACUUUGGAAUGCGACGCGUUUUUGAUGUGGUUUCAGAAUCUACACUCAAACAGAAAACACAACUCGUGGAUAACUAUAUUAAGCCCCAACUCGUGCAGGAGGUCAGAGAUCUUAAUGAGCUUGUGGAGCUAUACGAAAAGAAAAAGAAGAACCUCGAGAAACAACAUGAAGUUCUUCGUCUCAAGAUUGAAAAUGCCGAAUCAAGUUGA